UAUGGAAGAAGAUCAAGAAAAGUAUUUGGAAGAUGCUCGUAAAGUUGUCAAAGAAUAAGCCUAUUUCAUGAGAGCAUCUUUGGAAAAGGCUUAAUUAAAAGAUGCAUUGAGAUAUUCUUCGGCAAUGUUGAGUGAAUUGAAAACAUCUCUUCUUAGUCCAAGAAAUUAUUACAUCUUGUUUAUGUAGGUCUUUGAUGAGAUGCGUAUAUUGGAGAAUUACUUCAAAGAAGAAUAUAGAAGAGGAAGAAAAAUGCCAGACUUAUAUGAAUCUGUUUAACAUGCCACAUACGUCAUUCCACGUUUAUAUUUACUAAUCACUGUCGGAUCUGUGUUUAUAUAAACUCAUGAAAUUGGAGCCAAAGUGAUUCUCCUUGACUUAUUGGAGUGUAUUAAAGUAAUUAAAAGCAUUAUACUAGGCUAUUCAACAUCCAUUGAGAGGAUUGUUUAUUAGAUAUUAUUUCUUGAAAUUAUGCAAAGACAGACUUCCAGACACAGGCUCUGAAUAUGAAGGUACAGGAGGAAAUAUUGAUGAUGCUAUUGAAAUCAUUAUAAGAAACUUAUCAGAGAUGAAUAAAUUAUGGAUUAGAAUGUAGGGUUCAAAAGACAAAUCAAAGAGAGAAAGAGAAAGAUUAGAUCUCAAAGUAACAAUAGGAGAGAAUGUUACUAGAUUAAGCAAUUUAGAAGGUGUUUCAUUAGAUACUUAUAAAACAAAGGUCUUACCAAAAAUUAUUGAUAUUAUCACAAGUAGUAAAGAUGCUAUAUCCUAAACAUAUUUAAUGGAUUGCACAAUAUAAGCAUUUCCAGAUGAAUACCAUUUGCAAACACUUUAAGAAUUAUUGAAGGUUUGUACAACUCAAUUAGAACCAACAGUUGAUAUAAAAAAUAUAUUCAUUAAUCUAAUGGGUAGAUUAGCUGAUUUUGCAUUAAAUAAUGAUAUGGGUACAUUCAAUUCAGAAGUAGAUAUAUAUAGUAUGUUUAAAUAAAAUAUUGAUAAAGUAACAAAUAUAAUAAUAUUUUAGAUGUUAGAUUCUAAUAGUCAAAUUGAAUUUAAAAAUCUAUUAGAUUUAUAAGUUGCUUUCCUUAAUUUUACAUUAAGAUGUUAUCCAUCAAAUUCAGAAUAUGUUAAUGAUAUACUUAAAUCUUGUUGUAGAUUAUGUGAAAGAUAAAAUGAAACUGAUUUUACAGAAGAAUGUUAAAAAAAUAUUGUUAAGUUUCUUGCUAUGCCUUUGGAUACCAUGAGUUUAUCCAUUCUUACAAUGAAUGAAUAUCCAAAUCUUAUGAAACAUCUUCCAUUCUAAAAAAGAAGAUAAGUAGCUAUUAAGAUUUGUUAAGCUGUUAUAAAUUUGAAUUAAGUAAUUGAAGAUUUAAAAAUCACUGAAGAAUUACUCAAAUUCAUUUAACCACUUUUAAUUACAUAAAAUGAUUAUGUUGAAAUUCCAGAAAAUGAAUUUGAAGAAGAAUAAUAAUUAGUGGCUAGAACUGUUCAUUUAGUCUAAAAUGCAGAUUUAGCUAUUCAUAAUACUAUCUUAUAAUAAUUUAUAGCUAGAUUCCAAUAAGGAGAAAUCAACAGAUAAAAAUAUACUUAUCCUGCAGCUAUUUUUGCAUUGUUUAGAUUAUUAUAAUUGAUAGCCGCAUAAGGAGGACCAUAAACAUGUAAAAUAUGUUUAAAUUAUUCAUUUUAGAAGAAACAUCAUAUAAAGUGUUAUUUGAAUAAAUAAGAGGAUUGAUAGAUGUAUUAUAAGCAAAUUUUCCUGAAUUAGCCUUGAAACUUAACUUAAACUUUUUAUUAUGCAUCAAUAUUGUAGAUUAGGCAUAAGAAUUUGAUGAAUUCUCAUAUGAUAUAGGAACAUAAGUUAUCACUAUAUUUUAAGAUGAAAUUGGAGAUUCUAAUGUGAAAGUGGUAUUAUUGAAUUAAAUUAUGUCUACUUUUGCUAAAUUAAAUUGUAUUAGUGGUGAAAACUUUGAUACUCUUGCUGGAAAUGCUACAUAAUAAGCUGCUAAACUAUUAAAGAAGAAUGAAUAAGCAAUUGGUGUUAUUAAUGCUGCUCAUAUGUUUUAUAAUGAAAAUAUUAAAAAUGCUUAAAGAGUUUAAGAAUGUUUUAAGAAAGCAAUCAAAAUAGCAAAUCAAAGUAUAGCCAAUAAUCCAAAGUUUGUAUAUGUUUUUAUUUAAAUUUUGAAUAAAUAUUUCUAUUUCUUUGAAUAAGUUGAGGUAUUGAUUAUAUUUAAAUAAAUUUAGUUUAAAGAAGCAGAAAUCUAAGAAGUUAUCAAAAUUAUUAAUGAAAAACUACCAAAAGCAUUAUAAGACAAUGAUGAAUAAUCCAAGAAGAUUAAAAUCUUAUGGACUGCUACAUAAGAACUUGUCAGAGAAAGAAAAAGAAGAUAAAUUUAAGCCUAUCAAUAGAUAAACAUUUGAGU